AUGUUCGCCUCCGUCUCCCGUGUCGCCGUCCGCCAGGUCUCGGCCCGUGCCGCCCUUCCCUUCUCCACCUCGGCCUUGCGCGCCUCCGCCGCCGCUGCCCCUGCCCCUGCGAAGAGCGAGAUCAAAGCACGACCCGCCUCGAUCUGCCCCGCAGGCACCAAGAUGGAGGGCCUGUCGGUGCUCAAGGACCAGGACGACCCGGUUGCGCUCAAGGACGAGGAGUACCCCGCCUGGCUGUGGACUCUGUUGGACAAGGACGAGGCCGCUGCUCCUACAUCCAAGACGCAGAAGGGCGAGACUGACUUUGUGGCGGUGCGCAGGCGUCUGCGUGCUCAGAACCGGUCAGCAAUCAAGGCUUCCAACUUCCUCAAGACGACCUAG